UGGAGCACACUCUUGGAAGAAACAGGAAGUGUCAUUUAUUGUUCACAUGAACGAAGAUUGAACAUUACACUUAAUAGUCAGAGGAUGAAAAACCCUUCAAUUGGCAGCGAGAUGAAGAAGCAAGGGGAGAGCCGGUGCACUCAGAAGACCAUCUCAUUGCUGAGCCCCCUGGGGACGAUCCAAGUCAGUGGAUGUGAGAAUGGUGUGCACACCAUCCAGAUCCUAAUGGAUGUCGCACCUGCUGAAAGGAGCAGCGAGGCCCCCCUGAGCUGUGUGGUCACCGAUAGCCCGGCAGAAACGAGUCCCGAGUUGCAGCGCUGCGUUGAAUGGCUCCAGGCGUACUUCAGUGAGCCGCAGACCGCUGGGAGUCUCCCGCUCCCUGCCUUUCACCACCCCGCCCUGCAAGGAGAUGCCUUCACCAGCCGCGUGCUGCAGGUACUUCUAAGUGACGUGAAGUUUGGAGAGACGGUCUCGUAUAAACGCCUCGCCCAGAUGGUGGGAAACCCCAGAGCGGUGCGGGCGGUGGGAGGGGCCAUGAGGAGGAAUCCGGUUCCUCUCCUCAUUCCUUGUCACCGAGUCAUUUCCAGCUCUGGACAAAGUGGGCCGUACAUGAGCGGCAGGGGUGACCAUCUCAAACAAUGGCUGCUCACCCAUGAGAGGCAGAGAGGGGAUGGCUGAAGCAUGACAGAGCUCGACUGUUCUUUAUUCAGUGUGCACACACACACCCACAAACACAUACACUGACACACGGGUGUUUUCUCCAUUUUAUUUAAGCACACAAAACAAGGCUAUAAAGUUAGGCAUCUUGGCACACACUCUGGGACAACUGGAAUUACUUGGAAAUAUUUCACUUUUUUUGUUAAUCCAAUAAUAGAAAUGCGGCAUCGUUAAUGCGAUACAGGAUUGUUGCAGAAUUAGAUUGUAGCAAAAAUAACUUAAACAGAACAGUAGGAAUUACAAACAUAUGCUCCCGUGGGCCCUCGUUGCAUUUGCCAGAUAGAGCUGGAAUGGUUUUUCUAAAGCAUUAUUAUUCCCUUAAAAAUAUGUCUCUUGCAUUGUUGUUGUUGUUGUUGUUGUUUUUUUCUUUAGCAGAAUUAGUCUUUGUACCUCUCGUUGUUUUUUUAAUUUCCUGCCAAGUGAAUGCUUUGUUCAACAUCCAGUGAUAAAGGCUCUGAAUUUUAUGGCUACAAAGCUUUGUAGUGAAGCAUUUGUUUUGUCUUCAUUUAGAUCUCAUUGUUUGCUCCUUAUAAUCCACCUAGAGUGGAGAUGUCUUAUAUUAUAUACAGUACUCUUCUUACAUUCAGACAUGUUUAAAUAAAAACAUUUUAAAAUGACAAAUCUGUUCUUUUCAUCCGUGGAACUUUGUUUUAUUUAGGUGCUGAUGUCUUAUAAAUUGCGCUCAGUUGAGCUCAUUAUUAAUUAUGCUGUGUGUCUUCUCUUCCCGCGCUGUCUGACUUAUCAGAGCUCUUUUUAUUUCUGAGUGGGCUUUUCCAUUAGAGGGCAGUACAGAACGGGAAACAGAAGAUCAACGUUUCAACCUUGAAUUCAUACAGCGUUUUUAAUCUGUAAUUUAAAUGUUUAUGUGUUACUUUAUUAUCAUCACAACCCUGUUUAAUCCCUGAUGGGAUAUGUUUUGCUUUAAAAAGAGGUGGUGAUGUGCAUGUUUAGAGAAAGCAGUUGUUUUAACUUAAUGUGCCUUGAACUUUUACUUUCUGUGUUUUUCUCACAUUGAUCUGUUGUUACUGUUACUGUUUGAAUUCCUGAUUCACCUCACUGUCUUCUGCUCCAAAGUGACCCUAACUUGCACAUAGUUAUUCCUCUUUUUUUCACCCCAGGUAGCCUAAUAAAGCACCCUCCAAAAAUAACCCUGGCUCUAACCCUUACAGAACCAAUGCGAGUGGCCCGCCUGCUGAAUAUAUUUGAACUUUGCUGAAUUUUUGAAUCUUCUUAUCUGCCCCGGCUCCGUGCGGCUGUCUCGCUGCGCUCGCCGGACUCAGUUAUUCUGCCAUUGGAGCAGCAUCGCAGCGUAAAUGUUGAGGCAGCAGACAGGCAGAUGAAGAAUGAGACUCAGUCUGUGGUUUCACAGAGGGCUAAUGAUGCCUGUGGUGACUACAGGCUACAGUCAGCCCCCUAACGAAGGGAGCUGUGACACAGCCACAAGGGGUCCCAUUUAAGCCAGACGCACUCUGAAGUGCACUGUAAGCACCCUCCUUUUUUUGCUAGUGGCCAAGUAAAUUCUAUGGAAUGCCAUGAAUUUAGCAACGAGAGUGACUGAAGUCUUUAGAGUUGCACGGUUGAUGUUUAAAAACAAGUCCAGCAUCAAAGCGUCAAAUAUGCUGCCAGUAAUUGGCCCUGUAAUUUACGUAGGUACCCAAAGAGUCCCUCUAAAAAUAACUACAUCAUUAAUUUCUCAACUUUUGUUCGUUUUUUAAAUAUUUCUUGCUAGUAUUAGAUGUGUUAUAAUAAUGUUUGCUUUAUUUUGUCGUAUUUUCACCACCUUUAUAUCAUUCAGGCUCAGAAAUAAAAGGAAUCAUAUUUAAAGAA